AUGUCGAGUAACGACGAAACGCGUUCGGCAUUGCUUCGCGCCUCGAAACCUCCGACGAAACAGCUCUUCAGUACCUUGAUCACCGCUAACCACAUCCUCCACCACCAAAAUAUCGUCGAUGCCUACGGCCACAUCUCGGUUCGCAACCCUCAGAACCCAGCCACAUUCUUCCUAUCAAGAUCACUCGCGCCAGCAUUAGUGUCCAAACGAGAAGACAUUGAAGAAUACUAUGUUGAGAACGCCGAGCCGGUAGACAAGGAUGCAUCCAAAGGAUAUGCAGAGCGCUUCAUACACAGUGAGGUCUACAAGAUGUACAGUGGCGUGCAUAGCGUGGUCCACGCCCACAAUGAGGCGACGCUACCUUUCGGCGUUAGUAGUGUGCCCCUGAGACCUGUUUAUCACAUGGCCGGCGUGAUGGGUAAGUCAAUUUUACGAUGCCGCUCGCAACAGUACAGUAUCGAGCGUUGCUGAAAGGGUGACGUAGGUCCUCAAGUCCCCAUAUACGACAUCUCCCUCCAUUACCGCUCCUCGGACGAACUCCAUUCCCUCCUCGUAACAAACUCACACCUCGGCGAAGCCCUGGCAGCAGGCUUCAACCCUUCAACCAAUUUCUCCAAAGCUACAUCAAUGGUAUGAUGAAUGACCGGUCACAGAAUUUCCAACAGUCCCCUUCUCAUCACUUUACAGAUCAAAUCCUACCUGAUCUCCCAAUCGACCAAAUCCUCUCCUCCUAGUUUCCCGCCCAACCCCACAGUCCUCAUGCGCGGCCACGGGUUCACCUGCAUCGGCACUUCGAUCGAAGAAAGCGUCUAUCGCGCCAUCUACACCUGCGCCAAUGCUCGUGUGCAGACCACCGCUCUGCUCAUGCAGAACUCGUACAACACGGGUCUACUCGCUGAGCGGUUCGGUUGGAAAGAAGAUAACCCGGGCCAAGCGGGAGCUGCGAAGCAAGAAGGGAUUAAGUUCCUGAGUGAGAGGGAAUCCAAGGACAGUUGGAAGGGGCUCGGGAAGCAUAUAGAACGGCCGUGGGAGUUGUGGUGUAGGGAGGUACAGCAGGUCGCAUUGUACAGCAAUGAACUACAAGAAAAUGACGAUGACGACAGCUGA